GACGCAAAGACUCACACAACCGCAUUGUUGUUGGGGGAAGAGAAGCUCGGGCAGUUGCAGAGCUCUGCCACUUCCAACAGCUUCAAAUCAGUAACAUCGAUCCGUGUUAGUCCCCGACCCGCGUAUAGAACCCGAAACCGGUUCCGUCGCCCUGGAUACCCGUCGCUCACCUCCAGGAGUUACCGGGUCCAGCGCGAGCCGCGGCCGCCGUCGGAUGAGCGGACUGAAUGUGGAUUUAACUGCCGCUUCGCUCCGCAGGCCGCGCCGCCAUUGCUGCUGGAUUUAUAAACUGAAUUCGUGAAAACACCCGAGGGUCUUUGCGGUUUCAAAAUGAAGAAAAAAAGUCGACAUCACCGCCCGGCAGUGCUGAAGAGAGACUCCUCUCCCAUCAAGCCGUCACCCAACAGGGAGACGCUGACGUACGCAGAGGCGCAGCGGAUAGUCGAGCUGGAGGUGGACGGCCGAGUGCACCGGCUCAGCAUCUACGACAAGCUGGAUGUAAUCAACGACGAUGACCCCACGGCUCAAGAGAUCAUGGAGUGCAACAGCAACAAGGAGAACAACGAGAAGCCCCAGCAGGUCCUGGUGCGCUCUGUGCGCCUAAAAAACAACCAGCAGAAGAAGAACGCUGCGCUCACCGCUGCACACGGAGGCAACGGCACACACGGCAAUGCCAGCGGCCUGUUAGAGCCAAAGGUUAGAACGGUUGAAUACAAUCUGCCGGUGGUGCCGAGGAGGCCCGCAGCUUAUUACAAAUAUAUGGAGAGGACGGAAGAGGAGCUGGACGAGGAGGUGGAGUACGACAUGGACGAGGAGGACUACGCCUGGCUGGAGCUAAUCAACGAGAAGAGGAAGAGCGAGGGCGUCAGCCAGGUGUCGCACAACCUGUUUGAGUUUCUCAUGGACCGCUUCGAGAAAGAGUCGUACCAGGCCACUCAGGGUCAGAGCGACCUGCAGUCACUGGUGGACGAGGACGCCGUCUGCUGCAUCUGCAUGGACGGGGACGGAGCGGACAGUAACGUCAUUCUCUUCUGUGACUCGUGCAACAUCGCCGUGCACCAGGAGUGCUACGGCGUGCCGUACAUCCCCGAGGGCCAGUGGCUGUGCCGGCACUGCCUGCAGUGUCCAUCGCGGCCCGCUGAGUGCGUCUUCUGUCCGAACCGAGGCGGAGCCCUGAAGAGGACGGACGACGACCGCUGGGGUCAUGUAGCGUGCGCUCUGUGGGUGCCUGAGGUCGGCUUCUCCGACACAGUUUUCAUCGAGCCCAUCGAUGGCGUUCGUAAUAUUCCCCCUGCACGCUGGAAGCUCACCUGCUACCUUUGUAAAGAGAAAGGUGUCGGGGCUUGCAUCCAGUGUGACAAGAUCAACUGUUACACAGCCUUCCACGUCAGCUGCGCGCAGAAGGCCGGCCUCUACAUGAGGAUGGAGCCCAUCAAGGAGGUGACGUCGUCCGGCGCCUCCACCUUCUCUGUGAAAAAGACAUCGUACUGCUGCAGCCACACCCCCGAGGGCUGCGACCGCCGGCCUCUGAGCAUCUACGAGGAGCCCCAUCCCAAAAACGGUGCCUGCCACAAGAGGGCUGAUAAGAGGGGGAAGUCUCGAGCCAAGGGCUGGCAGAAGAAGAAGAGUAAGAGAGUGGAGCCGGAGCCAGAACCUGAACCUGAGACCCCAGCCAACACUGGACCCAGUAUCACUGUUUCAAGCUUCGACACCAUCCUGAACCAGGUGGCGGUUCAGAGGAAGCGUGUCUUCGUGGAGCGGGUGUUUAGUUACUGGGUGCAGAAGAGGCAGUCGAGGAACAACGUGCCGCUGAUCCGCCGGCUGCAGGCCACCCCUCAACCGCCCAAAAUCAAACCGGUGGACCGCGUGGAGAGCAAUCAGGCGCUGAAGGAGCAACUGAAGGAAUGGCACCGCCUCCGCCACGACCUGGAGAGAGCUCGUCUGCUGCUGGAGCUCAUCAGGAAGAGAGAGAAGCUGAAGAGGGAGGAGAUGAAGCUGCAGCAGUCGGCGCUGGAGGUGCAGCUGACUCCGUUCAACAUUCUGCUGAGAGCUGUGCUCCAGCAGCUGCAGGAGAAGGACCAGUACAGCAUUUUCACUCAGCCUGUCAACAUCAAGGAGGUCCCCGACUACCUGGACCACAUUAGGAACCCCAUGGACUUCUCCACCAUGAGGCAACGCAUCGACGCCCACGAGUACAGAAGCCUGGAGGAUUUUGAGGGCGACUUCAACCUCAUGAUCUCCAACUGUAUGUCCUACAACGCCAAGGAUACGUUUUUCUACAAGGCAGCUCAGCGGAUGCUGGACCACGGGGGAGUGAUCCUCCGCAGGGCCAGCAGAGAGGCCGACAGGAUCGGCUUCGACUUCCCCAGCGGGCUACAUCUACCGGAGGCCCCUAAGCCGGAGCCUCCGCCCCGGUUCUCCUGGGAGGAUGUGGACCGCAUACUGAGCCCCUCCUACCGUCAGAAGACCCCUCUGGAGGACCAGCUGAAGGAGCUGCUGGAGAAGCUGGACCUGAGCACGGCCAUGAAGCACAGCCCGUCCCGCAGCAAGAGGCUCAAGCUGCUGAAGAAGAGCAUCACGGAGGUCCGCAGUGAGAUCAACCUGAAGAAGCCCCACCGCUCGAAGACCACGGUCACUCCAGAGACCAGCUCCCCCCCCACAGAGUCCGAGGAGAAACCACUACCAGAGCCUCCCACGCCGGCGCCGCAGGAGGAGGAGAAGCCUUUACCUCCACCAGCGUUUGAGCUGCUGACCUCCCUGUCAGCCCUCGACACAUUGCCGAGCGACCCGGGUCCCCCUCUGAAAACCCGCAGAUCCAGCGUGGACCCCGUUCCCAUGGAGCUCGAUGGCAACAAAGACACUUCUACCUCAGUGCUCCCUUCGAACACCCCGAACGGGCACAUCCUUGACCCGCCGCUCCUCAACGGGAACCUCCACACGGAAGCCUCCGGCACCUGCAACCGACGGACCAACAACCUGUUUCGCAAGUCCAAGAGUGCCAGCCCUCAGAAACCCCCCAAGACCCCAGAGGCUACUUCCGCACCCACGUCACCCCUGGGUGCAAAAACCUUCCUGUCUGUGGUCAUCCCUCGCCUGGAGACGCUCCUCCUUCCGAAGAAGAGGAAACGCAGCUGUAGUGCCGACGCCGAGGAGGACGAGGAGGAGUCGCCGAUAAAACGCCUCGGCACAGGUAUUGCGAAUGGUUUUGUGGUUGAAGAGGAGGAGGAAAAUGAGGAGGAUGUCUCUCCGUCUCCUCGCCUGCUGGAGCCUCGCCGGCGCUGUGCCUCUGAGUCAAGCAUCUCCUCCAGCGGGAGCAUCCUCUGCAGCACCAGCACCGUCACAGUGUCUAAAAGCGGGAAAGGGCGGCCCGCAGCUCGACGGAGCACCGUGGACGACAAAAGCACUCUGAUGACCUGCAUCGAGAACGGAGAGUUCACCGCAGCUGCCAAGAUCUCUACAGAGGUGUGGAAGCCCCCCGCUGCUUCUCCAUUUGUUCUGGAGCCUCUUAAACUAGUUUGGGCUAAGUGUAGUGGAUAUCCCUCCUACCCCGCCCUGAUCAUGGACCCCAGAGCUCGGAGGACGGCGUGCCAGCACAAAGGGGUGGAGCUUCCCCAGCCGCCACAGGACGUUCUCAGGGCCGGAGAGCGGAUGCAGUUCAGGUCCGAAGAGAAACUCUUCCUCGUCCACUUCUUCGACAGCAGACGCAGCUGGCAAUGGCUUCCUAAAUCCAAGAUGGCGCCGUUCGGGAUCAACCAGACGCUGGACAGAAUCAAGCUGAAGGAGGCUCGCUGCUCCUCUGUCCGAAAAGCUGUGCAGCUCGCCUUCGACCGAGCCAUGGACCACCUGACCCGCGUCGGCAGCGAGCACCAGCUGAGUGCAGACCUCGCCGCCGCUGCAGAUUGAACUCCUCCUCCUCUCAUCCUCCCAUCAUCCGUCUCUCCUCUUUCAGCCUUUUGUUUCAAUCACAGCAGAGCAGCUCAGUCUCUGCCUCAUACGCACAACAAAAAAACACACACACACACACACAUCAUGUUUACCAUAUCCUGCUAACUGGAUCGUCUUCAUGUCUCCCCCCCCUUCUGUCUGAUAUACUGUAGCUUGUGACGGCCAUCUUGUUUUGUCAAAGAGCUAUGCAACGAAAAACGACUCGGUCAUCGGGUGCAAAAAGUCGAGAGAAAAACAAAAUCAUGCCUGGGCUAUGAGGACCGAAAAAUCAGGGGUCUCAACCUGUUGAAUGUGUCAGAGUUUGACCUCUGACCUCUUUUAAAUGUGCUGCAAGACUGCUGCGACAGCCUCACUGCCACCGACAUGUCCAUCAGCGUGCAGCGGUGCGGCUGCAGCAGCUCCUGUAAAUAUCCUGUACAAGGCCUGACACUAAUUUAUUCACUCCCUCAGUUUGUUUGGGUACAUGGUGUUCACAUAUUUAUACAGUCGGAGGUGAUGAUCCACGUCCUCGCUGGCACUGACGCUGUCGGCCUUUUUUUUCCGCUGGUGCUAUCUCUACACGGAGAAACAACAAACAUGCAUACUGUAACGAACGUUUUUAUUUCAGCUCUUUUUUUACCGUUUUUGUAACUUAUUGAGUUCUCAAGCUUCACGUUCUCUCGUCUCUGGCAUUAAUUUUUUCGUGUGUUCGCAUCUGUUUUUUUUUUUUUUUUUACCUGAAUGUUUUUACUGGACUACUUCGACAUUUUUUUUUGGUUUGUACAUAUUUAUAUAAAAUCUAUAUAGAAGCUCUCAAAAAGUUUAAAAAUGCCGAAAGUGCAUCAUUCACACCGAAACCAAAAAAAAUCUGCUGCCCACAAGGUUCCCACUAAUGUGUUUUUACAGUUGUGUUUCAGCCUUUCUGUUUGCGUGCUGUGAUGAGUUUGAGUCUUCUGUCAUCUUUUUCACCUGAACUGAACUGAGCUACAGUCAGCUGUAGGAGAGAAGAGAAUGUGCCUGUACUAAUUUAUUGUAAAGCAGAAAAUGUAUAUGCAUUACUUUAUAGAGAGAGUAUUGUAAGAAAAUACUACGGGCACACGAGGAGCCACAUGUAGAGGCGCCUCUUCUUCUGUUGUUUUGUGACCUUUUUUUUUAUUUUUUAUUCUUUGGAUCAAUAGCAUUAAAUCUGAGAGGUGAGGUGAUAGUGUUUGAUGUUUUAUUUUGGCGGGGUAGGGAUGGGUAGACUUCCUGUUUUGUUUGGCCCCUCUGGAUGUGGAUGUUGUGUGUGUAAAUAGAUUUGGUACUUUAGCUGAUUCUCUGGGAAAAACCACAGUUAUAGCCAACGGGAGCCGACCAGCCGACAGCAGGCCGGUGGGAUUUUUAUACUAAAACACUGAAAAAUUAAAAUAUGUUAUUGAAUCACCA